GUCUCCAGCCGCGUGAAAGAAAAAAAAAGAAAAAACCACCGCCGCCACGCCGCUCUCAUCUCUCUCGCUCUCUCCUGCCCGCCGCCUGGAUCUGCCAGCGCGGUGGCCGCCGCCCGCUGUCCUCGGAGCGCCGUGGCCGCCGCUCGCACUCCUCCCUACGCGCCCUGCCAUUCGCUGCUCCAAGGGGAUGUUGUGGAUGCACGGUGUCAUCGCUGCGCCCUCGCUGCUGGCGGUCUCGUUGCUACGCCGCCGCCGACGCCCACUCGAAAGGGAGGCCGUGGGUGCUGGAUGCGGCAGCCACGAUUUCCUUUCCGGCGGAUCCGGUCACUCAGAGUGGAGGGCGAGCGCUAGCGCAGAGGCUCAUCAAUGGUGUCGACGCCGGCCGUUCUUCCGCAGUGGGCUAUCGGGUAUGCUGAGCUCGGUGGUGGCGGCAGUAGCAGCUCGGCGGCGAUGGAGGAGGUCAAAGCGUUGAUGUUUGCCGCCGGCGUGGAUGCUGCUGAGUCCUCGCACAUUGGCCACGACCCACGGCUGCAAUCCUGAGGGCCGGAUUUGCACGGGCUGAAGCGGUGCUUCAAGGGUUCUUGAUUGAUUUUGCCAAGGAAUGUUCGGGCUGCUGGUUCAAUCAAGCAGCUCUGGUCACCUUUAUUGGUGACCGUCCCUUUCUACCCUUUCUUCUAUUUCUCGGUCAAGGCCUUUGUCUUCUGUGGGUAUCUUUCUUGCGUGGCAUCUUCUUGGUUACAUUGCUUCUGCUGCGUUGUCAACACAUUGGGUGCUGUUUCGUAUAAGGUGGAAGAAUUGGUGCAAGCAGACUUGGUUUUAUUCUCCUCAUCUUCAGUUCAGGUCCUCAACAACAGAUGUCACAACAGGGUAUAAACAGGGUUCAGAGGGUACGUGCAAGUCGAGAAAGACGAGCUGCAAACGCUUUGUUACGUCCAUCUGCAAUGCACAUAGAUACUACCGUAGUAGCAUCGCCUCAACCUGCUCGAGUAGAUCAAGGCAAAAGGCCACGUUCCCUUAUGGAUUUCACGCCUGAAUUAUCAAAGUUACAUACACAGCGACGUUGUUCGUUGCGCUCAAAGAUGCCUCCUGUGCCACCGGCACAAAAUAGCAAUGCCUUCCAAUGGCGUACGUGCUUAUUUCAGACCUUAUGUAUGGGGACACUGAUAAACGGAUCAAAGCGAGGGUAUCUAGGCAAUGGGACUACCAUGAUCUGAAUGAUGAAACAAAGAUCUACCACACUGAUCUUGUCUUGCUGGAUGAAAAGGGCAAUAGCAUCCAUGUUCAAAUCUAUCCACCUGCCAUGAUUAAGCUUAGGACUCUUCUACAGGAAGGGAAGGUUUACUACUUUGACUCCUUCUCUGUCAGAUAUGCAAACAGAACAUAUAGGCCAGUUACGAACCCUUUGAUGAUCUCAUUCACUAAAUGGACAACCUUAGAAGAAUGCAUUGAUGCUUUUGAUGAUUUUCCUGCCAUAACUUUUUCAUUGACACCUUUUCAAGACGCCCCGUCUCUUGUGGACAGAAAUGCUUUCUAUGUUGAUAUUAUGGGUGUCAUAACUGAAAUUGGUGCAACAGACACUCUACGCCCAAAAUCAAGAAACACAGAAACUUUGAAAAGAACAAUGCAGAUUUGGGAUGCAAGCAAUGUCAGGCAAGCAUCCGAGCACAAUUUUCACUGAUCAAGACGCAGCCAUUGCAGCAGCAAUUGCUUUUGUACUCCCGGAUAUAAGUCAUUGUCUUUGUUUGUGGCACAUUUAUCUAAAUGGUUGUAAAAAUCUUGGUCAUGUAAUUCAUAAGCAUCCUAACAAGUUUCUAACUGAUUUUAAGAGAUGUGUCUAUCAGGACAGAUCAGAGUAUCAUUUCAACAAGAUGUAGCAUGAAUUGUUGAGUGAAUACAAGUUUGAGGAUAACGUAUGGAUGUCAAAUCUGUAUGCUUUGAGGAA